AUGCCCUGCCUCCCCAUCUCACCCCACAUCCUAUCUCCAACCAACAGAUUUGAAAUAAACCUGGCAACCAGCAAUUGUCCAGAUCCUGACUUAGCUCUGCAUUUCAACCCCCGUUUUGAUGAGAACAAGGUGGUCUUGAACACCAAGGAGAACGGUGUUUGGUGCAGAGAGGAAUGUAGAAAUUGUGUCCCCUUCCACCGCGGGCAGGGCUUUGAGUUGAUGAUCAUCCCAAAGCAAGAAGGCUUCCAGAUUGUGGUAGGAGACCAGGAAUAUUACCACUUCUGUUACCGGAUCCCUCUGUGUGAAGUGUGCGGGUUGGAGGUGAGAGGGAAGGUGAUGCUGGAGUCGGUGAGCAUCUUCUGAGCCCAAGAGAUGAGAGCAGGCAGGAUGGAAUCUGGUCUUGGAUGCAAAUAAAGUCUUAACUCGCAGCACA